UCUGGUCACACUGCAUGACAUUGAGUUGACUUUUGGUUUGCUUUUUUUAAUUACAAUACAUUUUAUUUGCAAAGAACGGACAGAACAUACAUUGAUAUUGAUUGUGGCAUCUCGCGUUACUUCACAUACGACUUCUCAUCGAGAAUGAGCUGGAGUGCAAGUGCUGACGACAUUUCUAGCGGGUUCUAGAGGUUGAGGAAGCAGCGCGUGCAGUGGUCGGGACGGUCGGUCAUCCUCUGCCUCUGUGUGAGGCACCUCUCACGGCCGUGAGACAACAAUUGCAUGCGUGCGUGCCUGCGCCACAGACAGACCACAACAAACGAUUAUAAAUUAUUUUAGUGACAACAGCACACACAUAUCCGAGAUGCGUUCGCGUAGCAAUUCGGGCGUCCGCUUGGACUACUAUCAGCGGAUUGUUCACCGUCUGAUAUUGGCGCACCAGGAGCCGGUGACCGGCCUGUUUCCUGCCUCCAAUGUCAAUUCGCACGCAUGGAUUCGCGACAAUGUGUACUGCAUCCUGGCCGUUUGGGGCCUGUCGAUGGCCUACAAGAAGAUCGCCGACCAGGACGAGGAUCGUGCCAAAUGCUAUGAGCUGGAGCAAAGCUGUGUGAAGCUAAUGCGCGGCCUGCUCAUGGCCAUGAUGAAUCAAAAAGACAAGGUCGAAAAGUUCAAGAUGACCCAGAGCCCGUGCGACUCCCUGCAUGCCAAGUACUCCAGCAAGAAUGGCCUGCCCGUGGUCGGGGAUAACGAGUGGGGUCAUCUGCAGAUCGAUGCCGUAUCCCUAUAUCUCCUGAUCCUGGCCCAAAUGACAGCCUCCGGCCUGCAGAUUGUCUUCACCCUUGACGAAGUCUCGUUCAUACAGAAUCUGGUCUUUUACAUUGAGUCGGCCUACUCCAUACCCGACUAUGGCAUCUGGGAGCGUGGCGACAAGACAAAUCAUGGUGAGCCGGAACUGAAUGCCAGCUCCAUUGGCAUGGCCAAGGCCGCCUUGGAGGCCAUGAACGAGUUGGAUUUGUUUGGCGCACGCGGCGGACCGGCCAGCGUCAUUCAUGUGCUGGCCGACGAAGCCCACAAAUGCCAGGCCGUCCUGCAGUCGAUGCUGCCACGUGAAUCGAACAGCAAGGAGCUGGACUCGGGCCUCCUCUGUGUGAUUGGCUUUCCAGCGUUCGCCGUGGACGAUGCCCAGCUGAUACACAACACCAAAGACGCGAUUCUGUCCCGCCUUCAAGGCAAAUACGGUUGCAAGCGUUUCCUGCGCGACGGCUAUCGCACACCGAAAGAGGAUCCCUCCAGGCUCUACUACGAGCGAUGGGAGCUGCGCAUGUUCGAGAACAUCGAAUGCGAAUGGCCGCUCUUCUUCUGCUACCUCAUCCUGUUCCAUGCAUUUCAAAACGACAAGCGCUCGGUGCAGGAGUAUGCCGAUCGUUUGGAAAAGAUAAUGGUCCGCUCAGAGGAUGGCAUACUGCUGGUGCCCGAAAGCUAUGCUGUGCGCCAGGAUCUGGUUGGACUAGAGUAUCAAAAGCCCGGCUCACAGAUACGCGAAGUUGUGGGCCGUUGCCCCUUCCUUUGGGGUCAAUCGCUGUUCAUUUUGGGCCGCCUACUGCAGGAGGGCUUCCUGGCUGUGGGUGAAUUGGAUCCAUUGAAUCGUCGCCUGGGUGCCCAAAAGAAACCCGAUGUGGUCGUCCAAGUGGUGAUCAUUGCCGAGGACAAUGAGAUACGCGACAAGCUGGCCGAGCAUGAUUUGCAUGUCCAGACCAUAGCCGAGGUGGCGCCCAUUGAGGUGCAGCCGGCCCGUGUCCUUAGCCACCUGUACACGUAUCUGGGGCGCAACCGCAAGCUGGGCCUCAGUGGCCGCAAGUCCCGGGAUGUGGGCAUACUCAGCACCAGCAAGCUCUACUCCCUAAAGGAUCGUAUAUUUGCCUUCACCCCGCAGUUUGCCGACUUGUCGCGCUUCUAUAUAGCCUCCGAUAACGAACUCAUGAUCGACAUCCUUAAGGGCGAAAUCAAUUUUCUCAAGUCCGCUUGGGAUCUGCUGGGCCGGCCACUGGUCACCCUAGUGCUGAAGCGCAUCCACUUAGACCAGGACAAGAUACCGCUGGCCAUGAUCCAAACGAUGAGGAAACUAAAGUCUGGCUACAUCAACGGCACCCGCGUGAUGUUGGGCAGCCUGAAGGACUUUCUGAACACGUCGGCCAUCACGGACUUGAGCUUUCUGGGCAGCACCGAGGACGGUUAUCCGGAUCGUCUGCAUUCCGAUGUGCAGAUGUAUUUGGACGAGCACCUGCUGCGGUCCUUCAGCAAUCGCAGUACCAUGAACCUACGCGGCGGACAACUAAGGCCACGAACUCUACGCCGUCGCAUGUCCUGCAAGGGAGCCAUCAAGAAGACACGCUCCAUAAAUGUGGACUCCGAUAACCUGGGAAUGGAGGGACCCGCACCCCUCACCGAACGACGGCUGUCGUCGGUGGUACCGCCGCCCUGGCUCCAGCCCAACAAGCAGAGCCAUGUCUCAGUGUUCGCCACCACGCCCGAGGAGGGGCCCAGCACCCCGAGUCUCCAUCUGGGCAACGAGCUGGUCAUACGCGAGAAUAUCUAUCCCGUGGAUCCCCACGGAUCGAACCGCACGACCAUCGAUAGACGCAGCGAGUUUGUUCGCCAGCACGAGAUAACGGUGCCAAAAAUUCUCAUCCAACGCCAUCGGGCGGAAACCAAUUUUGCGGACACAGAGGUGGAGGAGCUGAUUGCCAUGUUGCGCGAGACGGAGAAUCUCGAGGAGCAGGGCGACAUACUGCAGUUCCUGGUCGAUACCCAGGGCCUGGACUUUAAUACGGCUGGCCUGGGAUUCAAGAAUAAGUCGGAUGAUAAUGCCUCUGCCGCUGCCGGAGCUGGAGAGCUCGAGCAAGCAUUCGUGGACGAGGUGGUGCUCGGACUGGCUGCUAGUGCUGCAGGUGGUGGUGGGACAGGUGCAGGUGCUGGUGGUGGUGCGGUUGCUUCUUCAUCGGGGGACGGGAGCGAGGUCAACGCUAAGCCUAAGUCAACGGCAGGUGCUAUCCUGCUGCCCACAGUGAUCAUCGAUGAUGCUGGUGCUUCAAUUACAGCCACCCCGAAGGCCGCCACGGAUAAGGCCAAUGCCACCUCGACACCCAAGGCGACUUCGACUCCUGGAGGCGCCACCGCUGCCACCGCCAAUAGCAGCAGCAGCAGCAGCAACAGCCACAACAUCAGCAGCAGCAGCAACAGCAACAACAGCAGCAGCACCACUAACAACUGCAACAACAGCAGCCUGAAUCUGAAUGCGAAUCCGUCUAACAACGAUUCUUCUCACUCUGAAGGAAUGCUGGAGGAGGGACGCGUUGUGACCGUUCGAGACCUGCUCAAAGGCCUCUACGAGAAGGCCUGCCAGCAGAAGCUCUGGGGACUGGUGCGCCACACGGCCGGGAUGCUGGGCAAACGGGUGGAGGAUCUGGCUAAGGCCGUCACCGAUUUGCUGGUGCGCCAGAAGCAGGUCACCGUGGGCAUGCCGCCGAACAAUGAGCACACCAUUACGGCACCCUUGCCCGAAGGCGAGCUGCGUCAACUGAUACACGAUGCCUAUGGAGACGAUGAGAGCACAUCAAUGCUCACCCAGGAGCUGAUGGUCUACCUGGCCAUGUUCAUACGCACCGAGCCGCAGUUGUUCCACGAAAUGCUGCGUCUGCGCGUUGGCCUGAUCAUUCAGGUGAUGGCCAAAGAGCUGUCGCGCACUUUGAACUGUGACGGUGAGGCGGCAUCGGAGCAUUUACUUAACCUCUCGCCCUUCGAAAUGAAGAAUCUCCUCUACCACAUACUCAGCGGCAAGGAGUUUGCUGUCAGCAGUGUGGCACGCGGCAAUCUGUCGAUUGUCAGCUGCAAGAGCAGUCGCGUCAGCAAGAAGAGCCAGAUCGGUCUGGGCGAUCCAGAGGGCGAGGAUGCCCUGCUUGCCACCAUCGAUGAUCGGCAGGGCCAGUGGCUGCGUCGCCGUCGCCUCGACGGCGCCCUUAAUCGUGUGCCGCGUGAUUUUUACUCGCGCGUCUGGACAGUGCUGGAGAAGUGUCAGGGCCUGGCCAUCGAGGGACGGGUGCUGCAGCAGAGCCUCACCCAGGAGAUGACGCCCGGCGAGCUGAAGUUUGCUCUCGAAGUGGAGACGGCCCUCAAUCAGAUACCACAGCCCGAGUACCGGCAACUGGUAGUCGAGGCCCUAAUGGUGCUCACCCUGGUCACCGAGCACAAUAUGGUGCCCUCACUGGGGGGCAUCAUUUACGUGGAGCAUCUGGUGCACAAGGCCAAUCAGUUGUUCCUCGAGGAUCAGCGCAAGGUGCAGGGCGAUGCCACACUGUGUUGUGCCAAGAUCAAGGAUGGAAAGGAGCAGCAGCAGGCCGCUUCAGGGAUGUUACUCUGCGGCGGUGCGGCCUAUAUUUGUCAGCAUCUGUACGACAGUGCUCCCAGUGGCAGCUAUGGAACCAUGACCUACUUGUCGCGUGCCGUGGCUCUCGUACUGGACUGUGUGCCCAAGCACGGCGAAAUGGAGUGCGCCAUCUCCUAAGGAUCCGCAGAGGAAGGGAUCUGCGCCCACUUAAUGCCAAUUUAUGCAACUUUGGAAACGUCCUCUCUCUCAGUCACUCUCUCUCUCUCUUUUUCUCUACCGUUUUCUCUGUGUAUGUCUAACCCCCCCGCCCCACUGUGUGUGUAUUAAACCCAACGUUAAUUUUAGUCCAGAGGCCGAUUGUAUAUAUUUUAAAGACCUCUAACCAUCCCCUUUUUUUGAGAUAAUUUCGUUUGUGCGUGUUUUUGUGUUUGUUUUAACCCAAAAAUUCAAAAAAAAAAAUCGCUUAAAACGAGUUGUAUAACUUUUAGACCCUAAUGACGCGUAUUACCAUUCAAAAUCUUAUCCGUUAUGGAUAUUAUAAUGCAUAAGCCAUUAAAAAAACAACACCACAAGCCGCUGCCGCUACAGAUUUGUGUGUUUGUACGGACGCGCGAAACGACGAAACUUUUUCUAAUUGUUGAAACUUUUCAUUUUGAAAAAUGCUCCAACGCCCCCAUACCCCCACAUUUUAUACGUUUGGAUUGUAAUGAAUGAACGCGAAAGAUUUACAAUAAAAAUGUGUGUUUGCAAUGUUUA